UCCCCACUCCAGCUCGCCCCACUCUGCAAUCAUCCUUGGUCCUCACCCAGGAAGCCACCAUGUCUUGUCGCUCCUACAGAGUCAGCUCUGGGUGCAGGAUGGGCAACUUCAGCUCUUGCUCAGCCGUGACCCCCCAGAACCUGAGCCACUUUCAGGCCAGCUCUGUCUCCUGCAAGAGUGGGCCUGGUCUCCGGGGCCUUGGUGCCUUUGGUAGUCGGAGUGUCAUCAACUUUGGAUCCCAUGCACCCCGGAUGGCAGCUGUAGGCCCUCAUCCCACCCGCUGUGGAGUUGGCUUUGGUCCUGGCAGUAGGAUGGCCUUCGGCUUUGGUGACAGGAGUGGUGUCGGUCUGGGAUUUAGGGCCUGCAGUGGUGUUGGUCUGGGCUUUGGAGGCGGCAGUGGCUUUGGCCAUGGUUUCAGCAGCCCUGGCUUUGGCUACAGAGUUGGAGGAAUUGGAGGACCAGCAGCCCCAUCUAUCACAGCGGUGACUGUUAACCAGAGCCUGCUGACGCCCCUCAACCUGGAGAUUGACCCCAAUGCCCAGAGGGUGAAGAAGGAUGAGAAGGAGCAAAUCAAGACCCUCAACAACAAGUUCGCCUCCUUCAUUGACAAGGUACGGUUCCUAGAGCAACAGAACAAGCUCUUAGAAACCAAGUGGAGCUUCCUCCAAGAGCAGAAAUGUGCCAGGAGCAACCUAGAACCUCUCUUUGAGAACUACAUCACCAACUUGCGAAGGCAGCUGGAGACACUGGUCAAUGACCAGGCCCGGCUGCAGGCUGAGAGGAACCACUUGCAGGAUGUCCUCGAGGGCUUCAAGAAGAAGUAUGAGGAGGAGGUGGGAUUCCGAGCCAAUGCUGAGAAUGAGUUUGUGACUCUGAAGAAGGAUGUGGACACAGCUUUCUUGAAUAAAUCUGAUCUAGAAGCCAACGUGGAUGCCCUAACUCAGGAAAUUGACUUCCUUAAAACCCUGUACAUGGAGGAAAUCCAGUUGCUGCAGUCGCACAUCUCAGAGACAUCAGUCAUCGUGAAGAUGGACAACAGCAGGGACCUGAACCUUGACGGGAUCAUCGCCGAAGUCAAGGCUCAGUAUGAGGAGGUGGCCAGGCGCAGCCGUGCUGAUGCUGAGGCCUGGUACCAGACCAAGUAUGAGGAGAUGCGAGUGACAGCUGGCCAACACUGUGACAACCUACGCCACACACGGGACGAGAUCAAUGAACUGACCCGGCUGAUCCACAGGUUGAAGGCAGAGAUCGAGCAUGCCAAGGCUCAGCGAGUCAAGCUGGAGGAAGCAGUGGCCGAGGCAGAGCAGCAGGGCGAGGCGGCCCUCAAUGACGCCAAAUGCAAGCUGGCGGACCUGGAGGGCGCCCUGCAGCAGGCCAAGCAGGACAUGGCGCGGCAGCUGCGGGAGUACCAGGAGCUCAUGAAUGCCAAGCUGGGCCUGGACAUCGAGAUCGCCACCUACAGGAGGCUGCUAGAGGGCGAGGAAGUCCGCAUCUGUGAAGGCGUUGGCCCAGUUAACAUAUCUGUGAGCAGCACCCGGGGUGGCGUGGUGUGUGGGCCUGAGCACCUGGUCGCUGGCUCCACCCUGUCCCGCAGCGGAGUCACCUUCUCUGGCGGCAGCAGCAUCCGCACCACAGGAGGGGUCCUGACUUCCUGCAGCUCCAGCCUGGGUGGGGCACGGGGCAGCCACGGGGACCUGCUGAGCGCGGGCACCAAGGGGGGCUCAGUGCUUGUGGGUGAGGCCUGCGCCCCCAGCGUCCCGUGCCCGCUGCCCACUGAGGGUAGCUUCAGCAGCUGCAGUGGUGGCCGCAGUACCUGCAGCUCCAGCGUCCGCUUCUCGUCCACCACCACCUCUCGCAGGACCAAGUACUAAGCCAACCCCCAGGCCUCAGCUUCUGUCCAGAGGAGAACCAACUCAACGUCCCCUGCUUGUGCCCC